AAAUCUUAAAAUCUGUUUACCAUCUGUGCCUGAAUUCAGUAGAAAACAUUUCUAUAACAAAUUAUACUGUGGAAAUAGCCAUUUCACUGACAAAUGGUCAAAUUAUAUCCCAUAAAUCGAUAUGUAAAAAAAGAGAUUUCAUGGUGUAACUGCAACAACAACAAGUAAUAUCGACAGCAGAAGCAACCUGAGUUAUGUUGAUGCCUAAGAAGAACCGUGUUUUAAUCUAUGAGAACCUCUUCAAAGAGGGUGUAAUGGUGGCAAAGAAGGAUUUUGCUGCAGCCAAGCACCCAGAAGUAGAUGUCCCCAAUCUGCACGUUAUUAAGGCUCUUCAGUCUCUGAAGUCCAGAGGUCUGGUCACAGAACAGUUUGCAUGGCGUCACUAUUACUGGUACUUGACAAAUGAAGGCAUCCAAUAUCUGAGAGACUUCUUACACUUGCCUGCAGAGAUUGUGCCAUCCACACUGAAGAGACAGGCCAGACCUGAAGCUGCAAGAGCAAGGCCAAAGGGCCCAGAGGGUGGACCCCGCACACCUGGUGCUGAUGACAGGCGGGAAUACAGGAGAGCAGGUGGACCUGGCUCAGACAAAAAGGCAGAUGUAGGAGCUGGGGCCAAUCCAGACUUCCAGUUCCGAGGAGGAUUUGGACGCGGCCGACCACCUGCACAGAACCAGUGAAUUCUCUCUGGACUUUCUCUAUUCAACUCUGUCAGUGGAUGCUAUUAAAGAAUGCCUGUGAAAUGAAGAAGGAAAA